GAAGACAGGAGGCUCAAGCAGGUGAGACAUGGCUGAGGAUGGAAGCAAGAGAGACUCCAUCCAGAUGAAUAUGAAAGGAUGCCAGACAAACAAUGGCUUUGUGCAAAAUGAAGACAUCCCAGAGCUGGACCUGGAUCCAGGCAGCUCAGAGCACAUCCUUGGGCCAGAGGAGCCCAAUGCCAAGAGCAUCCAGCCCUAUGCAGGAAUGCCCAAGGAGGUGCUGUUCCAGUUCUCGGGCCAGGCCCGCUACCGUGUGCCCCGGGAGAUCCUCUUCUGGCUCGUCGUGGUUUCUGUGCUCGUGCUCAUUGGGGCCACCAUAGCCAUCAUCGCCAUCUCUCCAAAGUGCCUUGAUUGGUGGCAGGCAGGGCCCAUGUAUCAGAUCUACCCGAGGUCAUUCAAGGACAGCGACAAGGAUGGCAAUGGAGACCUGAAAGGUAUUCAAGAUAAACUGGACUAUAUCACAACUUUAAAUAUAAAAACCAUUUGGAUUACUUCAUUUUAUAAAUCAUCCCUCAAAGAUUUUAGAUAUGGUGUUGAAGAUUUCCGAGAAAUUGAUCCUAUUUUUGGAACAAUGGAAGAUUUUGAGAACCUGCUGGCAGCCAUCCAUGAUAAAGGUUUAAAACUAAUCAUUGAUUUCAUACCAAAUCACACCAGUGAUAAACACGCUUGGUUUCAGUUGAGUCGGACACGGACUGGGAAGUAUACUGAUUAUUAUAUCUGGCAUGACUGUGCCCAUGAAAAUGGCAUAACCACUCCACCCAACAACUGGUUAAGUGUUUAUGGAAACUCCAGUUGGCACUUUGAUGAAGUGCGAAACCAGUGCUAUUUUCACCAGUUUUUGAAAGAGCAACCAGAUUUGAAUUUCCGCAACCCUGAUGUUCAAGAAGAAAUAAAAGAAAUAAUGCAGUUCUGGCUCACCAAAGGUGUUGAUGGCUUUAGUUUCAAUGCUGUUAAAUUUCUCCUAGAGGCAAUGCAUCUGAGAGAUGAGAUUCAAGUAAACGCAUCACAAGUUCCGGACACGGUCACACGCUACUCAGAGCUGUACCAUGACUUCACCACCACACAGGAGGGGAUGCACGACCUUGUCCGCAGCUUCCGGCAGACCAUGGACCAGUACAGCAGGGAGCCCGGCAGAUACAGGUUCAUGGGCACAGAAGCCUAUGCGGAGAGCAUCGACAGGACCAUGAGGUACUACGGGUUGUCGUUUAUCCAAGAAGCCGAUUUUCCUUUCAACAAUUACUUCACCACUCUAGACACUCUUUCUGGGAACACCGUGCAUGAGGUUAUCACAGCCUGGAUGGAAAACAUGCCCGAAGGGAAAUGGCCCAAUUGGAUGACUGGUGGACCAGACAUCACGCGGCUGACUUCUCGUCUGGGGCACCAGUAUGUCAACAUCAUGAACAUGCUGCUUUUUACGCUUCCCGGAACUCCCAUAACUUACUAUGGAGAAGAAAUAGGGAUGGGAAAUAUUUUAGCCACAAAUCUCAAUGAAAGCUAUGAUGUGAACACCCUUCUCUCCAAGUCACCAAUGCAGUGGGACAACAGCUCAAAUGCUGGUUUCUCUGAAGGCAAUCACACCUGGUUACCCACAAGUUCAGAUUACCACACCGUGAAUGUUGACGUCCAGAAGACCCAGCCCACAUCAGCUUUGAAGUUGUAUCAAGCUUUAAGCCUACUUCAUGCCGAUGAACUGCUUCUUAGCAGGGGCUGGUUUUGUCUUGUGAGGAAUGACAGCCACGUUUUGGUGUACACAAGAGAGCUGGAUGGCAUAGACAGAGUCUUUAUUGUGGUUCUGAAUUUUGGAGAAUCAACACUGCUGAAUCUACAGGAAAUGAUUUCAGGACUCCCUGUAAGACUGAGCAUAAAAUUAAGUACCAAUUCUGCCUCCAAAGGCAGCCAGGUUGAUACGAGAGGCAUCUUUCUUGAGAGGGGAGAGGGAGUCGUCCUUGAACACAAAAUGAAGAACCUCCUGCACCACCAAACAGCUUUCAGAGACAGAUGCUUCAUCUCCAAUCGAGCAUGCUACUCCAGCGCACUAGACAUACUGUACAGCUCCUGUUAGG